AUGUCGCUCGACUAUAUCCGUGGGAUUGUAUCUGGCAAGAAAGCGCGCUAUGUCGAUCCAGACCACGCAGUCGAUUUGGAUUUGGUUUAUGUCACGGACCGCAUCAUCAUUAUGGGAUGGCCCGCUAGUGGUUGGGCGGGAACAUACCGGAACAAGAAGAGCGAUGUUUUGCAGUUUCUCGAUAAGAGGCACGAGGGGAAAUAUUGGGUCUGGAAUCUCUGCCCCCUCUACGAGAAUGCGUACUCCUCCGCUAGCAUGCACGACCGCGUCUCCCGCUAUCCCUUCCCCGACCAUCACCCCCCACCACUCCAGCUGCUCCCGCUCGCUGUGCGGGAGAUGACCGGCUGGCUGGCCGGUGAAUCCGACCGGAUAGCCAUCAUCCACUGCAAAGCCGGCAAAGGGCGCUCCGGGACACUGCUGUGCUCGUACAUGCUGUCCUUGGCGGAACUGCCCGGCCCGCCCGGGAUGGAGCUGUCGUACUCCAAGCCGGACCGGGCGAAGCUGGCCGGACGGGAGCGCAAGGGAGAAGGCUGGAUCGCGGUGGGGCACGGGAACGAGAUCAGCGAGAUCCAGGUCUCGUCUGAGCCAGAAACGGAAGGUGGAUUGGCGGUCCCGAGCCAGCUCUCCCGCACGGCGUCAUCCGCUACUACCAUCUCGGCAACGGACUCGUCCGCCAGUAUCCAGGUGGACAGCUACCAGCCCAUCGACAUCGGAGACGAGACGCCCAUCACGAGCUCGGGGCAGUAUGACCGGCGGGACGGCAAGGUCGACUCGGUCUUCAAGCUGCAUUCCAGUCGGCGGAUGAAGCCGAGCAGUACCGGCCGCGGCGUCUCCAUCCCCAGUCAGCGGCGGUGGUGCCGCUACGUCAACCUGGUCUUCUCCCAGCGCGCCCCGGCGUGCUACCACGAUCCCGCAUCCAAGAUCCGGAUCAAAUCCAUCACGCUCUUCCUUCACCCGCCUACCGGAUGGCAGAAGCCCAUCGCCAAGCUGGUCAUUGGCGGCGAUGGCGGACAGGGAAAGGCAUGGGUGUCUAUCGCUCGGUACGAUGACGAAUACGUCAAGGAGUUGGCGGCCAAGGGUGAUGUGUCUGGAUCCGAGGCGGCCAUCACGUGGGGAGGUGUUGGUGGAGAAGGGAAAUAUGACACGCACAAGAUGUUCCGGUCCUGCGGCAAGCUUACCGCCGUCGACCCUCCUUCAGGCAUCGAGACGACCGACGACCUUGUCGCGCACCAUGUCGUCCCCACGUCGGAUCUCGUCCUGGAACGCGGAAGGGAAUUUAGGAUGAAGUUCCACCUCGGCUCUCUUCCGUUAGGGUGGGCAUGGAUGAUCCCGGCUUUCCACCUGCCGGAACCUGUGCACGCGCAAACACACACCCUCCGCUUCCCGAAAUCGCAGAUCGACUUUGCGAUCGGUCCGGGCGCGGCGAUACACCAUAUUGAUGUGUGUGUGGAGGAGGUGCCGAAGGAACAGGGGGCGAGCACGGCGCCGUUGAUGAGUGAGCGAGAAGAGGAGGAGGCUGGCAUGGACGAUGGGAAGGGGGAGAAGGUCAAGGAGGAUGGGGAGUGA